GGCUCUAUUCAGCAGACUCGCAGCCAGUUCUCGAAUUGCUCAUGCAUCAAUAAGACACGCAGCCUGCGAGCAGAAGAGUUGAACAAGCACGCAGGCGUUCUCAUCCUCAUUUGGGUUCUCGCAUAAGGGUCUAAUUCGGUUUCCUCCUUGUUUUGCUACCCGACAUCCCAGCACACUCUCCCUCGUUCGCUGACAUCUCUUUGACUCUUCAAGAAGUCUAAUUAGCUCUAUUCUUUGUUUCCCAUUCUCUAUCUAUCCUCACCCUCAAGACCACUCUUAGUUGGCGACUUGACCGAGUAUGGGCCUUUUUAGCGGCUUCGUGUCAAGGUCAUCGGGUUACCACCCAGCAUCCAUUCUCGAGCACGAGUUCGACUUCUCGGGGUCGAUCGGCCAGGGGCAGUACGGCACGGUGUGGCGGUGCUCGUCGCGCGCGACGAAGCAGGAAUUCGCGUGCAAGCAGAUAAAAAAGUCGCAGUUCCCGUCGCACGACCAGAUGCGACAGGUGUCGCGCGAAAUAGAGGCCAUGCAGAAGUUACAGGGCCAUGCGAACGUCGUCGACCUGCACAGCGUGUACGAAAACGAGUCUUUCAUUUUCCUCCUCAUGGAGCUAUGCCCCGAAGGAGACCUCUUCACUCAAAUCUCCGCAAACCACGGGCUGCCGGAGACCGACGCGCGCUACGUCUUUAAGAGGGUGGCUCUCGCCGUGCAGCACUGCCGCCGCAACGGAAUCGUUCAUCGCGAUAUCAAGCCCGAAAACAUCCUCCUCCGCGACCCGGCACUCCCAUCAUCCAUCACCCACCAAGCCCAAACCCCAAACAAGCCGAUUCUUCCUCUUUCGCGCGUUUCUGAUGCCGAUUCUUCCGCCGCUCUGGCAUGUGGCUGCGCGCCGAGCCGAGGUUGGGAAGUGAAGCUCGCCGAUUUCGGCCUCUCGAGGCGACUCGACGAGGGAUCGCGGCUGCGGGGAUGCGUCGGAAGCUUCCCCUAUGAGGCUCCGGAGGUGGUUGCAUCUGAGCCGUACGAUUGGUCUGCCGACGUGUGGAGCCUCGGGGUGUUGCUGUAUACUAUGCUUGCUGCCAGCUGGCCGGAGUUUAAGGACGGGCGGCGCGAGCUGAACGAGGACGCUGAUUGGUCAAGUCAGUGUUGGCGACUCGUCAGCGACGCGGCGAAGGACUUAAUUCGUCGCAUGAUGUCGAUGAAUCCCUGCGAACGGCCCACGAUCGACGAGGUUCUGUGCGACGCGUGGCUGAGCUACGAGUCGUGCGUGAACGUGCUCUGCCCUGUGGCGUGCGAAGCUUUGCUUGAGCGAAUCGCACAGAACGAGCGCGACGACGGGAAGGACGUCGCCCAGCAGUGCCUGUUGAAAGCCGUGGCGGUUCGAUCAAGCCCCUCGCUGUCCACGUGGCUUUCAGCUGGCCUAAUGUCAGCACCGUCACUGUCAUCGUCGUUAUCCUCCUCUUCCGCUUCUUCAGGCAAGCGGGUGCCGUUCAGCGAAAGCAUCAGCAGCGAUAGUAACAGCAGCCACAGCAGUGAUGGCAGUAUCAGCGAGAGCAGCGGCGUCAUUGACAGUCGGAGGGGGGGCGCUUACGGUGUGGCCCAGUGUUGCGCUGAGGCAGCCAAAUGGGAGGAAGUUGUGCAAAAAAGCAGCAGCAGCAGCAGCUACGACGAGGUGGAGGUAGAGUUGAACCCGCUGGCACAGCAAGAAGCCGUGAGGAGAAGGGAAUGCUGCGCGCAGGGAGAGAGUGGGUGCAGGGAUUGCAGCAGCGACCAUGAUGACGGUAGCGGCAUUGGCAGCAGCAGCAGCAGCAGUGGCGGUGGUAGUGGUAGCGGCUUUGAGUGGUGGCAGAAGUCCAGGCUGGCAGCUGUGGCGGCAUGGGCUGUGAAGAACGUGUGGGGCCCACCGGCUGCUGCAUGCUAGGUGCUAGGUGCUAGGAUCAGAUGCCACAGUUUGGCGUGCUGCUGACAGGUGAUACCAGUUGUGUGAUUAAACGGGGUCAGCAGUAGUUUGCCUGGUGGACGCUCAUCAGCAAUACCAAUAACGGCUGCACCAUUCAGCAGCCGUCAACAGCAAGGCCAAUAACUGCUGAGAGGCUCAGUCUCAGAGCGAACCCCUGAGCCCAGCCCCAGAGUCCACUGCUGCGGGCAGACUCCACGAUUAGGAAAGUGAGCUUGGGCUGGGUGACCCUGCCAUUACCUGAGUGAUUUCCACUCUUGGACAGGGAACACUGCAACCUUUGUAGGUAGCGUGAGUAGAUGCAGCCAGAUACAUAGAGCACGCAGAGCAGAGCAGCCAGUCUCAGAACUGCGCACUCUUGCAGUGGCAGUUCUGGGACUUACUGCUGCACCUAAUGCAGUAGCUCCACCGCGCUGAAGUAGCCUUGUGUAUAUUCCAAAGAAUUUGUGUAAGUAUCAGUCAAGUGCUCAUUAU